AUGUACCUGGCCCGGACUAUGCCGCCGCGUCCGGAGGUGGUGGAGGCCUUCAGGGAUUGGGAUAGCUGUCUGGAGGAUUGCUUUGAGCAGCUUUUCCCACCUGGCACUUGGGAGCAUGACCCCGACCGGUCUAGACGCGCGCGCAUGCAGCUGCAUCUCCCUGUGCGACUCGGAGGGUUUGGGAUCCGGGCAGCAGCCUCUUUGAGUCCGCUGUCCUAUGUUUGUGGGUGGGCGCAGGCCGCGCGUGAUAUUGCACAGUUGGGGGUGGCGGGCGAGGAGGCAAUGUUUGCGGAGUACCUCACCACUUCGGCAGGGGCGGAGUUUCUUGACCCGUGGUUUGCCAAGGCUCUUGAGCAGCUGCCUGCGACUAUACGCCAGGAGAUGCCGGGCUUACCUCUGUGCGGCCCGGGGGCUGGUGCAUGGGUUUCGGCGGUUCCGGCUCACUCAGAUCUCACAUUCACUGCGGCGGAGUGGGGCAUUGCUGCUGCUAUACGGCUCGGGCUCCCAAUUCAGCAGCUGCAGGUGGCGGGGAGGUGUGUUUGUGGCACAGCAUAUGUUGACCCAGCAGACCCGCAUCAUGCCCUGAGAUGCAAGCACAAGCAUGGUCCAUCUCGGGUACAUGAUGAGGUGAAGUUUGCGGUGGCGAAGAUCUCUAAGGCGUCUGGGGGGGUGGUGACAAUGGAGGAUAGUGUGGUGCUGCAGGGGAAGCGGGUUGAUGUGGCGGUGCGACGACCAAUGGCUGGAGAGGCUCACGCCCUGGAGAUCAGCGUCGCGGACCCGCUAUCGCUGUCUCCAUCUUUGCUAGGACAGUGCGGGCGUCAAAUAGGCGUGGCGGCAAGAGAAUGGGAGCGUCGUAAAACGAGCGAUUACGCGCCUCUGCUUGCACGCAACCGGGGCGUGCAGUUCACUCCUCUGAUAGUGGAGACGUGGGGGUGUCUCGGCGGUCGCUUUCGGAGGUGGCUUCGUCAGCAGGGAGAUGCGCACGUGGGGCUAGCUGUGUCGCGGGGGGCUUGUCGGGAGGACGACACUGUGUUUUCGGCUUAUCUUCUAGGGUCACUGAAGGCGCUCAUCGGGGUGGCGUUGCAACGUGCGCAAGCCCGUGUCAUCCUGCUUCGAGCGGCGUCUUCUAUGGGGGGGAUUAACGUUGACUUGGUGGACCGGGAGUGGGACGAUGGCGAUGCGGAAGGCGGGGCUCUCUGGGUGGAGGCCCCGUACAUGGUGGAUUCGCUGUUGUGA